CCCCGGCGUCCCAGGCUCAUCGCCUCCCUCCGCCUCCGCCUCCACCUCCAGUCCCACAACCCAUCUUCCCAUUUCCCCCUUCCCUCCUCCCCUCUCCUCGACUCCUUCGUCGCCGCUCGAGCCCUCCGCUCCGCUUCCUCUCCCGAAGCCGCCCUCUCUCUCUUCCGCUCCCUCCUUUCUCUCCCUUCCUUUUCCCCUUUCCCCCACCCUUCCCUCCUCCAUUCCCUCUCCCGCCGCCUACCCAACCUGCUCUCCCUCCUCCCCGACCUACCCCUCGCCCCACUUCACCGCCUCCGCCUCCUCGCCGCCACCGGUGAUCUCCACUCUGCCCUUCAAACCUUCUCCUCUAUGCGCUCCGAUCCUAAUUCCCGCCGCCGGCAUAAUAGGACCCACCCCUGCGCCGAAUCCUACAACCUAAUCAUCGGCCUCCACGCCGCCGCCGGCGAUCACUCCUCCGCUGUUUCCACCUUCUCCCAGAUGCUUGCCGACGGCGCCAUCCCCAACUCGAGAACCUAUACCGUCAUCAUCGAUCAUCUAGUUCGAGCUAACAAUGUUGAUGCCGCCAUGGAGGUAUUCCACCUUCUUCCCUCGAUGAGAGUCCGUCGAACAUGUAAGCAGUAUAACGUCCUUGCCGACGCCUUCUCGUCCUCCGACCAAUGCGACCGCCUGCUGAAACUUGUCAAAGAGAUGAACUCCGAUGGCAUCCUUCCCGGCCGCCCAAUGCUCGCCGCUAUUGCUAAGCUUCGCGCCGCUGGAUUUGUUAACCAGACGGAGGAGUUUGUCGGAGAACUAUACCCGGAUCAGAGAAUCAGGUACGCUGUGGAUUGUGGCGAAGAAGAAGACUGUGAGGAGGAAAACGAAGAAGAGGAAGAUGAUGAGCGUGUCAAGCUAAAGCCAUGGAUGGAUCCCGCCGCCCUCGCAAGAGCUAUGGAGGGCUGGGAUCCAAGCGACGUCGCACUCUUGGAAUCCGCUGGCUUCAUCUGGUCCACUCGCCUCGUCUGCAAGCUGCUGAGAUCGUUCCGGACGGCGAAAACGGCAUGGGAGUUCUUCUGUUGGGUCGCUUAUCAACCCGGCGGGUUCUCUCAUGAUCGCCACACGGUUUCCAGGAUGAUCUCCAUCCUCUCCCGCGACGGCCACAUCGAACUAGUUGAUCGCCUCCUUACCAAACUUCAAUCGGAGGGCAUCCUCCUCCCCUUCGCCACCGUCCGCCUCAUCAUCGACUUCUACGGCCUCUCGAAAAAUGCUGACGCCGCCAUCAGAAUCUACAGAAGCGCUGCCGCCAUUUGCGGGCCCCUUUCCCGUCUCAACCUCAUGCUCCUAAGCUCAUCUCUGCUCCGCACCGUCGUCAAAUCCGGGAAAGGUCACGACGCCAUGGCUCUACUGGAGGAGAUGAUGGUGGAAGGCAUUCUGCUGGACAUCCAGACGUUUUCGGGGUUGAUGGAGUAUUUUGCCGGUGAGGGUGAUCUGAAGAGCGUGCACAGGCUGUUUGGGACGGCGAAGCAGUGCGGGCUGAAGCCGGAUGCGUUUAUGUAUGAGGUUCUGAUAAAGGGUUACUGCAAGCAGGAGAGGGCGGUGCUUGCGUUGAAGAUGUUUGACGAAAUGCUGAGCUCCGGAAUGGUGCUCAGUAAAGGAGCGAAGGGGAUUCUGGUGAAAAGCUUGUGGAAGGAGGGGAAGCUGCGGGAGGCGGCGAUGGUGGAGGAGAGAUGCGAGGACAUCGGUGAGCUGCCGGCGGUGCUGCGGGGGCACGUGUGGACCAUUAGUGCGGCGGAUUUUGAUCGACUGUGCGCUAUUUAUUGUUGCGGAUUUGUGAAGAGUGACGAGGUGUAGGAGGUGGUGUGUGUUCGUGUCUUUUGUAUCAUUAAAUCCCUCUAUUUUUAUUAGGAAACUUCUAUACAUAUCACACAAUUCUU